AUGAUGGCAGAAUUGUAAGCAAGAUAGGCCAAAUUGGCCUUGCAAAAAAUGACUCCAGAAGAGCGAGCAGCUUAUGAAGCUAAAAAUAAACCUCCUCCUCCUACUAACUCUGCAGAUUUCUAAGCUAAGCUUGCCAUGUUAAAUUAAUAAGAAACAGGACCUGCAUAAUCAUAAUAAACUGCUCCUCCAAAUACUAAAGUUAUAGUCAAUAAAGCCGCUCCUCCUCCUCCUCCACCUCCACCACCUCCUCCUCCUCCCAAAGGAGCAGUAUAUGAUUCUCAUAUUAUUUUAUAAGCCACCUCCUCCACCACCCAGGCCUCCUGGUCCUCCUGCUGCUAAACCAACAACAAAUCCACCUAACCCACCACCAGCAAAACCAGCAUAUUAACCUCCUCCUCCUCCUGUUUAAAACAACCCACCUCCUCCACCUGUGUAGAACCUUCCACCUCCUCCACCUCCACCUGUGUAGAACCUUCCACCUCCUCCACCACCACCAGUAUAAUAAUAAGUUCAAGCUCCAUCAUAUCAACCUCCAAGUCAGCCAAUUUAAUAAACAAGUGAUGUUACAUAUUUCCCAGUCCCAGGUUAACAAAAGUAAUAAUCAUAAGAAGCAUCUUUUCCAGUUCCAAAAAAUUAACAGAGUAUCUAAUAUUAUAUUCUUUAGGAUAGACUGUGGGAGAUGCAAAAUAAGUGGAAUUUCCGGAAUUGAAGCAAGAUAAGAAAUAAAAGAUUGAGAUCAAUUAUUUUUUAGCUAUUGUUGGUGUUAAUCUAUAAUAAUAGCUACAAGCAACUGUAUUUGAUAAUAUUGAUAAAAUUAAACAAUUAGAAGCUCCCUCUAAAAAUGAUAAUCAGAAUCCAGAAUUCUUUUCGAUCAAAAAGGGAUUCAGAAAAUUAGAUAAAGACCCUUACUAAGCUGUGAUUUAUUUUUAAAAAUCAGACACAUCAGUUGUAAAAGUUACUAGAAAUUUUGAAAGAUACCUCAGGAAUGACAAUAAUACUUGGACACAUAAUUAAAAUAAGCAACAUUUAUAAUUAUUAAAGGAGAAAUAUGAGAAUGAAAUAUAAAAAUAUAAAGCAGAUUAUUCUCAUAACAUUUAAUAAAAUGUUUUGAAACAAAUAGAUGAAAAUAGAUUUUAGGCAGCAUCUAAAAAAUUAGAUGAAAUAAUAAAAACUAAAUUUAGUAAUAAUGAUUAUUCUGCAGCAUAAACAUUACUUGUAUAAAUUUAAGUAAAAUUUAUUAAAUAUUUUAAAGAAUUUAAAAGAUACAAAAAAGAAAUAUGAUGAAUUGAAUCCUGCUGCUAGAUAAGAUCUUGUAGGUUCUUUAGAAUCUAUGAUGAUGGCUAUAGAAUCAAUGGCUUUAUGAAU